GUGCUGGACAAGUGAUAAAAUGAAUCAGCUGGGUAUAUAAAGUACACCAAGGGAGCAGCUCAGGAGCCUUUUCCUCAGACCCAGCUCACUUUGUGCUUUUUGUUUAGAGCCCAGGUCAUAAAUCCAGACUUGUUUGUGCAGGAGGAGCUUCAGGCUUUCAACUUCCCUCUCACUCAUUUUGAACACAUUUUCUAAGAUAUGGGCGACCAAAAUAAAGUAUUAUCCCGUCCCAUAUUCCGCCGAGAUGUCAGAUGGGACCCUUUCCCAAACUGGACCCAGCCGAGCCGCAUCUUUUCGCAGGAUUUUGGCCUCCCUCCUUUCCUGGAGCCCAGUGAUCUGGACUGGUUAGACUGGGCGAAGAGGAGGCUGGCAACGUUCUCGUGGCCUGGGUACACACAGACUCCUCUUCUGCCUCCCUUCAGCGGUCAGCACCCUGCAGCGGGGAAUCCAAAGGGUGCGAGACAGCUGACAGGUGGGGUGUCAGAGGUCCAGACGGGACAGGACAGCUGGAGGAUCAGCCUGGAUGUCAAUCACUUCUCACCUGAAGAAAUUACCAUCACAACCAAGGAGGGAUAUUUGCAGAUAUCAGGGAAUCACGAGGAAAGGCAGGAUGAGCAUGGAUCAGUGUCACGAUGCUUCACCCGCAAAUACAAGCUGCCACAGGGAGUCGACCUGCAGCACAUCAGCUCCUCUCUCUCUAGCGAUGGAGUCCUGUCCAUAGAGGCCCCCACCCCUGGGACGUCCCUGGGUGUAACAGCCAAUGAGAUCGUCAUACCGGUGCAGAUCAGACAGACGGAUGGAGAAAAGUGACAGAAUGAAGUGACUCUGGAUCUACAGUCAGCUGUAGCUCUUUUUGUUUGUGGCUUCAUUGUUUGUAAGUUUUUGCAUAAAAAAAGAGAAAAUUAAUACAGUGAAGUCGAUGAGUCUAAGAAUAAUCACGUUUGCAUGUAAAGAGGGACUGUCUACUAAACCAGUGGUUCCCAACCUUUUCAGCCUGCGACCCCCAAAAUAAGGGUGCCAAAGACCCCCGCUGUACCUGAAGGUGCUUGAACAGUCAUGAACAUUCCAGAAAAGUCAUGU